AUGGUGAAAACCGUGACCGUCGUAUUUUCAUACUCCCUAGAAUUCUCGCUAGAGAGUCCAUCGAAGGCUUUCUUCCCCGGAUCCAAACUUCAUGUUCUAAAGAAAAUGGAUCGUGUAAUUGCAUGCAGUGUCUGUGCGUUCUUCGCUGCUCAAAGCACAGAACGGUUUGCCAGCAUCAAUCCCGAGAAAGAAAGUGGCAAGCCCAUGUGGAUGGGAUGUCAUUUGGAGAAGCAGCUAACCCACGUUACGGAUGUCUCGGAACUUAAACGUGCCCUUUCGUUGGGAAAUUUCAGCGAGCACUAUAGUUAUGAUCCAUGCACGCUCUAUUCAGCUUUGAUGUCUCAGCCUGCAGUCUGUGGCAUCCCUGUAUUGCAUUCACUGCUCAUCAACCUUGUGCAGACCAUGUACAUGGCCUCACUCUAA